AUGGUAGAUGAAAACGAUUCAUCUGCACCAAAAUCAUCAGAUGAUGAAGACGAUAACCAUUCCAUAAAAGUUCCUGAACUUAAUUCACCUGAUAGCAUAUCGGAUGAUCUAGUACGCCCAUUGCCACCACAAUCGCACCGUAGUCCACGCAAACUAGCUGUUGCACCUACUGAAACUAGUAAACGUAAUCCGUCGCCAUAUUAUUAUUCCGAUUUAUUGAAGUCGAAAGAAACUGCGUCUAGUGUCACUGACAAAGAAACUAAAAACAAAAGUCGGCAAUCUACUGUUUCUGAACCACCGCAAUUAACACAACCGCCUGUUAAUAUUGGUGUUUAUCGUAAGAGUACCAGUCUCGACGUACCCGAACGCGAAGAACGUGCCGAAGAAGACGACGAAUUCGAAGAAACCGAACCAACAAACAGUACCAUAUUAGCUGCUAACGACACUCCAAAACGUUAUUCCUUCACUGAAGACGGUGUUCAUAUUAUACGCUGCGAGUCUCCCUCAACAUCUACAUCAGAAGAAUCGGACUGCAGUGAGUGUCAGAAGCGUCGUGAGUGGCAUGCUAAAGCCUUAGCAUUAGUACGUAAAACUUGUAACGUACAACCAUUAAAUACCGCCGUUAACACUAGUGGUGCUUCCAUUGAUUGUAAUCACGAUAACGAAAACUCUAAUUGUGUGCCAUUUGAGGAAGAUUUAUUGUCCAUGCCGCCACAUAGACUGCUAGGACCUGCAGUAUGUGCAUGCGUUGCACCCACUAUUGGCGAUGAUAUAGAUGAUUAUUUUCGACCACGUAGUAUUUUUUAUGUACAUCCACAAGGCGUGCAUGAAUGUGAAGACUGCUCACCGGACAAUAAACAAUUGAGUACAGCAAACUCUCACAGUGUUCUCGAUAAUCAAUCCGAUAACUGUUUAAACGAAGACGACGACGAGAUGUCAGGUCGCACUCGUCAAAUUUAUGAAACUGCUUUUGAUUGCAAAAUAGCUAAGUCGGAUGAUGAUUUAGACGAAGUCGAUCGUAUAACUAAUCACUCAGUACUCAUACAAUUAAAUAAUGGCAAUAAUUUACCAACAAAAGAAAUGCGCACAACAAAAUCAUCGCACAGUAAAAGUCGUCUAGAAGGUAAACGUUUAAAAAACUCAAAAAACCAAGCUCUACAAGAACAAGCUACUAAUUCCGGCAACGGUAGCAGCAGUGGUUCACCACUAACCGUAACCUGUGUAACUACUAACAAUUCUUGUACAGCUGAUAAGAACAAUAUCGCCGGACUUUCUAAUGAUUUGGCCAAUGCUCAUAUACAUGAGCAAAAUGUGGAUCAACAAAACAAUACAACCACUACAUGCACAUCCUCAUCGCAACUGCCAAUGCGUGGUUAUACACCAUCGCCACCAUCAACAGCACCGCUGCCUAUAAAAUUUCCGGGAAAGCAUGAUCGAUUUUUUAUGAAUAGCAUUAAGAGUGCACCAAAUCUACCAUCUUCCAAUCCAGCCCAUCCCAGAUUACGCGAUUUACGUCUUCCAAUACAAACAACACUACGUCAACAACAUGCUCUGGGCUCUUCAAUCGGCACCAGUAAUGAGAACAGCCUUACAGAUAGCGCUUAUGUGAAUCCACCAUCAAGCACAUCACAUCAUUUACAUCUUCAAUCGACAAGCAACUCCAGAACUCGUGACAGGCCACGUUCAUUUGUGCUCGAGUCUGGACGAGUGCUGGAGUUACGUAAAAGCCACGCUUCCCACCACCACCAUGUAGGAAAUGGCGGUCGCAGGCAGCAUAAUUACUCCUCGACCGAAAGCAUUGCCACAUCGAGUAGUGGUGGCAGCAUGGAAUCGUUGCGUUCGAGCACCAGCGAAGGCAAUCGCAGUACUUCCAGCUCAGAGUCAAGGCACUCAACAUCGUUGAGUUCACAUAGCUCUGAAUCUGGCAGCUCGAGCGUCGCAUUCCCAUUACGAGCGCCAGUUGUCAUUCAUUCCAAAUUGCAUAUCCUAAGUCCGAUUUCAGACAAAUCAUCACAAGAGCCGGCAUCAGAACUAUCAGAACAGAAUAAAACACAAAACACAACGCCUGAAGAUGCAGUCCAGCAGCAACAACAACAGCAACUACAACAACAACAACAAUCACAUGUAUUAGCAGCAAAUGUGGAUAUGGCACGCACUAUACCACAAUUACAAAUUGAUGCACUCAAGAAGAGAAGAGCACCAGCAAAUAAAACAUUAUUGCACUUAACUGAUGAAAUGCUUGGUUCGGAUAGUGGCAUCUCUUUGCACUCACGUGAGGAUGGAAAAUCUGCCAUUGGUUUUCAAAAGUUCACGUUGCCAAAAUUAAAUUUUCCACCUUCCGAUAAAACCAACGACAGUGGCAUGAGCGCCGUCGGGGGAAUGAGCAAUAGUGUUGGGCUACCACAAGAUUUACGUGAUCUUCCAUUCGAUAUGCCAAAGUUAAGACGCAGAAAAACAUUACAGCAGGAUGCUUGCACUUCUGGUAGUGCAACUUCUGUGGAUUUGGGUGAUCUACCCUUUGACAUGCCGAAGUUACGACGCCGACUACGUGCCAAUCAAACGGAAAUAAAUAAUCUCAUGGUACACAGCACUGAAUCGAGUGGCAUAUCUCAAGCAUCGUCCAGCCAUUCAAUGCGUGAUGACAACAAAGCCGCCAUGAAGUUAGAUAACGUCAUCUUUCGUCAGAAUCUCACAUUAAAUUUAAAUGAACCACGUCAGGUGAAUAAAUUUGGCAGCUUGGACUUACGUGGCCUUUCCUCCACAAAGGAACUCAACCUAAACUUAUCACAGUCAACAGCUGUAGAUCUAAUAGAUGUAUCAAUACCACUCGAACGUCAAGGUUGGUAUCAUGGAGCGAUAACUCGCAUCGAAGCUGAAACUACUUUGCGGCCUCUAAAUGAAGGUAGCUUUCUGGUGCGUAAUUGCGAAUCAACCAAACAAGAUUAUUCGCUCUCACUAAAAGGUGCUAAAGGCUUUAUGCAUAUGCGAAUUCAACGCAACGAAAAUGGACAGUAUAUACUUGGUCAAUUUAGUCGCCCUUUCGAGACAGUCCCCGACAUGAUAAGACACUUCUGCUUAAAUCGCUUGCCAGUACGCGGUGCCGAACACAUGUGCUUAAUAGAACCAGUCAUAGCGCAAUUGCUUUAAAACAAUAUAAAACAAUAAGACAAAAACUUAAUUCUUACAACAGCAAAGCAAGACUAUAUUAAUAUUAGUAAAAAAAAGUAAGAAGCAAAAAAAAACAGUAGUGAACUUCCAGACAAUAUCACAACAUAUAACACAAAUCUCUAUUUAACCAUUUAUGAACAUAAUAAACUCAUUAUUGUAAUCCUUAGCUAUUAUAAGCGAAAUGCACUCUUAUGAUGGAAUAUCCUUAAAGUGCGCUCCUGCAGUUGUGCUGCAAUUUAGUAUUUAAUUAAUUUACAACAAAAAAAGAAAAAAAAACAAAUGUUUAUGCAAUUCUAAUUUCUUUUUAAUUAUACGCAAAGCAAAACUUAAAAUACUAAUUUAGUAAACUAAUCUGACGAUAUAUUAUCAUCCAACUCUACUGCUAUGUUUACUAUAAUAAUACUGAGGUAUAUGUUACGUACUCGUAUCAAAUACUCGUACAUCAUCGCAUAUAUUUAAAUUUCAUAUAAAGACACUAAUUUAGACUUAAGCUUAAAUAUCAUAAGAUUUGUUGAUUAAUUUUACAUAAUUUUAACGAAAAAAUUAAACCAAAAAAUGCAUUCGUAAUACUUAAAAUCGCUGCUCUAAGAGCUUAACACUUAAUUACUUAUGGAAAAAUUAUAUUGAGGAUCAUUCAUGUAGUUCUUCAAUCAAUUAUAGUAUAUUUUAUUUAUGGUAACCAUUGUAAAACAUUUAUUAGAGGACUAUACUUAUAACUGUACUUUAAGCUCUCCUAAUACUCAAUGACAUUAUAUCUUGGCAAUAUGAAGGAAAUACGACUGUCAAUUUUAAGCAAAAUUAACAAA